AGCGCGACAUUGAAAUGUGGCGGUGGUUUUCGUUGUUUGUUACAGAGCUUGUUUUAGGUUGUUCAUCCUAAGCUAUUGCUCAUUGUAAGUCGGAUUGAGAUCUGUUAUCUGACAAUGUUUUUACGCUUCUCGUUUUUUUUCGGUUUUUUUGUUUAUUGUCACAAUGCCGUUAAUUCACCAUACACAAACUAAUUGUGAUUUUAAGUUAUUCGCUAUUAUGUCAUGUAGAAGCAUCAUCACAUAAAUUUCGUCUAUGUCGACGAAGGAGUUUGAUUGUGUAUAGCUUUAUAUGUUGAUCUCACCUCACUUUGCCGUACUUUGAAUGCUAUUCCAUAAUAAUCAAUAAUGGGGAAAUAAAGUCGAAAAGGGGGAAAUUAAGAAAACAUCUUUUUCAAAGUAAUGGUUAAUAUUGGAAUAACAUUACGAAGUCUCCUUGAUGCUCGUCAUGCGAAAAUAAUGCUUUUUGUCUCCAUAUUUGAGAUGUCGUCAUAUUAUCCAUACUUCGCUUGAUUACAAUUUGUUAUCCACCUUUGUUUGGCUCCAAAUGUCUCGUCUUCAUCUCUAUAACAAACCACACGACGACUGCAACCAACUUCAUUGGAAAAUGGCGAAGCGUUAAAGACAUUUAUUGACAAGACAUAACAUGUUUUACAAGGAUAUAAAUAACAGAUGCUUGCGCAACGAAUGCUACGUAUUUUAAUGUAAUAAAUAAUACACAACAAUAAAUGAGUGUCUGGCGCAGACUUCAAAGGGUUGGAAAAAAAGCAGCUAAAUUUCAGAUCACUGCUUCUUUGCAUGAGCUGAAUAUUGAAUGCUCGCGUCAAUACAGCCCCGGAAACUUAAUAGUUGUUUGGUCUCGUCGCAGUCGGCGAUAUUCUUCGAAAUCAUUUGAACCUGUUAAAAGUUCCGGCAAUUCAAAUUCAUUUAAAUAUGUUUGGUCUAUGCCGGAGAAUAUAGAAUUCGUCACUACUUUAUAUCGAAAUGAAAAAGCAAUUCAAUUUGAAGAAAAAGAAUGGAUAUGUCAAAUCGAAGAUGUUGGAGCUAAAACUUCAGGUUUACUUGCGGCAUCUACACCAUCGGUUAGACGACGUGUACUUGCUACCAGACAAAUCGAUAUAGCCGAAUUCGUCUCAGAUUUACCCGUGCAAACAAAUCUCAAAGUAGUCAUGCGUCUCGCUUCUAAAAAGUUAAUAUCUGCUACAGUUCUCCUUACGUUAAAUUCCGUUAUUGUAAAAGCUGGAGAAGCCACUGAUGAAGAUAUGAUAUCCAUAGCAUCACUCAUGUCAUUAAGUCGUACUGGAAGUUUUAAUGUUGGCAGUGGAGUAACUAUUAAUGAUCUAGGUGGUGUCGCAGCAUUUUCACCAACAACAGCGAGGCUCUCUAACGUGGAUGAUUUUAAUUCACAUUCCUUUUCAAAUAGUACUUUUCACACUGAUCUUAGUGAAUUAACUGCUAAACUACAAUCUUUGGAACGACGUCAAAUAGAUCCCCUUGUAGAAUCUCCUAUAAAAGCAAACGGAAAUUUUUCAGAUUAUUCUUUAGAAUUAGAUAAUUCCAAAAUAACUCUAAAUAGUUCGAAGAACCAAGAUUCACUCUCAUCUACGGUUGAUGAUAUGUUGACAAAACCACUUAUUCCUACUUUUGAUAAAACAAUUCCUAAUUCAACUGAAUUAAAGCCUAUUUCAACUCAAAGUCGAUAUGAUUUACUUCUAUGGUGUCAGUUGGUGACUAAAUCUUAUGACAAUAUACAGAUAGUUGAUCUUACUACAUCAUUCCAGAAUGGAUUAGCUUUCUGUGCUAUCCUGCAUCAUUUUUUUCCCGAUCGAAUUGAUUACAACUCAUUGUCAUCGGAGAACCCUCUACAAAAUUGUCGCCUGGCAUUCGAUGUGGCUUCUAAAUUGGGAGUACCUCGUGUACUUGAUCCAAGUGAAGUAGUUUCUAAAAGCCGUUCACCUGAUUUGCUCAGUAUGAUGACAUACCUCCAUCAAAUCCGUACAUUUUGCUGUGAACGAACAAAAAAUAAUGAUGAGAACUCUCCAUGUACAAAUGAUAAAUUAGUAUUAAAUGGGAUCUUUGAACAAUGUAUCAAAACCAACAACUCAGAAACGAAUCAUAGUUUGCAGAAAAUUGAAAAUCCGCCGGAUGAAAACUCAAACAAUGCUAAAAAUAAUUUAACUAAUCCAGAUAAAGCUGUUAGAUCAACACCUAAAAAGAAAAUUCCGUUAAUGAAUUAUGAACAUAUGUUGGCUAAAGCACGUAGUCUCUUGCAACAAUCACGUCUAAAUUACUUAGCACCAACAAGUCGACCUGGUGCUUUACCGCCUUUAGCUCAUCCUCGUAAACCACAUCCUAUAUCUGGUUCAUUGACAGCAAUUCAUUCAGUAGAUGAAAAUUUUAACCGAAAUCCAGUGACAGAAGAAAGUUUAACGAAUAUUACAUUAACUGAUGGACAAAAUCAUCGAUUGACUGAUACAAAGUUAUGUACAAGCACAAUAUGUAUACCGAAUGUUGAUACCUCAUUAAAUUCCAUUUCUAAGCCAUUUCGAUUUUCAACGAGUAAUAUUUUUCCAACACUUAGUAAACCACCACAGUCAACUGUUGACACAAGGUUUUCUCCGGAACAAAUGAAAGUUAGACGUCUACGUCUGUCACAAAUGAAUCUCUUUGCAUCGGGUCGAGGUAGUGGUGCACCAGUACCUAUACGUAUUGGUGAACAUCAUUUGGAUAAUAAAAUGGAUAACCGAACUCAUGUCUCCACUUCUAUCAAAAAUCAAGGCACUUUAGUCAAUAACAGUUCGUCUAAUGCACUUCUCUCCGUUUCGAAUUAUAUCAGCAAUGAGCAGGCUGAAUUAGAAGAGGCACAAAAGAAGUUAGAUAAAGAAGCAGCUGUACUAGAGCAGCGUUUACGCCAACAAAUGGCAUACGAGCCAGGCACCGCAUUAGAAGAAGAAUUGUUAAGACGAUGGUUUAUUUUAGUCAAUAAGAAGAAUGCCCUAAUUCAUCGGGGCUUCCAGUUGUCUAUAAUGGAGAAGGAAGAUGAUUUGAAAAAGAAAAUGAAAAUGUUGCAGGAUGAAUUACGAUCGAUUUUAUCCGUUGAAGAUUAUUUGAAAACAGAUAAUGAUAGAAGACGAGAAGAUCUUCUUUUACAAGAUCUUGUACGAUUGGUCAAUGAACGUGAUGACAUCAUUCAGGAAUUGGAUUUGCAUGAGAAAGUAUUAGCUGAAGAACUAGAACUGGAGCAAAAUGCAGGUUAUAUGUCAUAUGGGAGGCGUAGAAUCGACAAAAGUUGUGUACUACAAUAAUGCUUAACUUAUCCAGACAAGCGUGUACAAUGGGCUGUGAUUCAUAAUAGAAAAUAUAUUUCACUAACCACUUCUGUUCGGGAUUUAUUUACUCAUUGAUGUGUACAUCGAUUCCUUUUGAAAAAGAGUACUAUUACAGUCUCUUUCAGCGCCAUAUUUCAAUUACUGUCUCAGGCGAUCACUUUUUCGUGUAUUUUCCCCAGAUGUCAUUUAAUCAGUCUUUUUCUGACUCCUGGAGUAAACAAAUUGUGAUGUUACUUUUCAUUUUCUUGGGACUGCUUUGUGUUAUGAAAAAGUUCCUUGUGUUGUUAACUUUUAUUUCAUAUUUACUUAAAAUAUAUCAAAUUAUUUCGAAAACAGAAUGAUUGUAACCUGUCUUAUACUGUUUUAUUUAUCAAUAAUACGUUUCAUGUAUAUGUAGUCAUUAUUAUUGUAUAUUUCUCUUUUCU